AGCUUGCAGCGUUCCCUAGUGUAGAAAACACCAUCCAUAACCAUGCUUCAGUGUUUUAAAUUGCACGCAUGCUUGAAAACAUGCCUCAUAGAGGAAUCUUGUUUUCUAAGAGAACGCACACAUCCUGUUCCUAUACACUACUAUUAUCUAGGCUCUCAUUAACUCGUUUGUCAAAUAUUAUGAUUAAGAUUUGUAUUGCUCCUAAAAAUGAAAUUUGAACGAAUCAGAGUUUAUCCAUUUGAAUUUAUUUGUGUAUGACAUUUUUGUUUAAAAAUUUUGCAGUUGACAGCAAAAUAAAGACUUUAAAAUAAUAAUUGAAAUAUGUCUGUAGUAUUUACUUAAGACUGUUUUUCUUUAUUUUUUAUCAACUUUUAUGAUGGAAGCAUUUUCGGAUAUAUAUAGCUUUAUCGCUAUCCUGGUCGUUGUUUAUUGUAUAAUUCAGUUUUUUGAUACAAUAUUUAAGACCUGCAUGUUUUAUCCUUACUUGAUCAUGAUGAAUAAUUUUGGAAUAGUCAUUAAGCCAUAUAUGAUGGUUUGGCGUAUUACUAGAUUGAAUAAAGCUUUUAAAAGUAUGGGACAGUGUAUGCCUUCUCUAUUAAAAAAAUGGUUUAACAUAGGUUUCUAUUUAUCCUUUAUUUCUAUGUUUGUGGCUUUUGGACUUCUUGUAAUGCCUGUCAUUCGACAUAUUUCGGGACAAUUUGUUUCUAAUGAUGGCAAGGAGGCUGUUAUCUCUGUUAUUCCUGGAAUAACUACUCCAUUUCAUCACAUUAUUUACAUAGUUCCUGCAUUAAUAGUUAGUGUUAUUUUUCAUGAAUUUGGACAUGCUCUUGCUGCAAGUAGGGAGAAAGUGCCUGUGGAAAGUUGUGGUUUUGCUUUGGCUCUAAUACUUCCUGUUGCAUUUGUGAAUUUGGAUUAUCGUAGAAUGAGUAUUUGCUCUUCCAAGCAGCAGUUACGUGUUUAUUGUGCUGGAGUUUGGCAUAAUUUAGUUUUACUUCUCCUUAGUCUAUUUUUUGUUAAUUAUGCACCAUCUGUUUUGUAUCCACACUAUCAAACUGAUGUAGGAGUAACAGUUUUAAAUGUUGAAAAGCAAUCUAGUUUAGCUCAUUUUGGAGGUUUAACUAAAGGUGAUGUUGUGUCCUCUAUUAAUAACUGUGAAGUAAGAAAUAUAGGAUCUUGGUUCAAUUGUCUUGUAGAAACUUCUCUUUCACCUCCGAUGGGAUUCUGUUCUUCAAAGAAAUUUAUUAAAGAUUAUGGUAACAUUUCCCAUUCUUGCAUUAACUCUAGUGAUCACUUGUUCUUUAAAAUCUUUACUGAUGAAGUUAAUAAUUUUAUAUGCUUGCCUGCUCGCAAAGCUAUUGAUGAAGCGACAUUUUGCCGAAAUAAUUCAGACUGCUUAGAGAAGCUUUGUUUAAUGCCUGUUCUUUCAACAAAUCAAGAAAAAGUUAUCAAAGUGAAGAGAAAUUUUCAGAAAUCUGUAUUAUUCAUUGGAUCUGUUGAUGAGUUUUUUUUAGUUAAAACUAGUUCAUGGGUUUCUGAUGUCAAAUUUCCCAGCAUUGAACUGAUUACUCAUUUGGAAAACUUUUUCAAGUAUCUUGCUGGUAUUUGUGGUGGCCUUAUAAUUAUGAAUGUUAUUCCUUGCUAUUUUUUGGAUGGUGGACACAUUAUUGAACACUUACUUGAUUAUACUUAUAGAUUUUUUAAACAAAAUCUAUGCUUAAAAAGAAAAACCUAUCUGGCUACAAGAUUCAAAAUUGUAGGUUUGGUGUUGUUAGUUGUCAACAUUCUUUUAGGUCUAAAGAAUCUUAAAGUUAUCAAUUUGUAAUUUUUUUAGUUUAUAAAGUUGUUUAUUAUUUAUACCAUAAUAUUUUUGAUACUAUAUUUAUGUGAUAUACUGUUAUUUUAUUUUUAAUAAAUAAUUCUUUCUUAAG